CGAGGGGACCGCACUCGACUCAGUAGCCGCUAAACCAUACAGGCAUCGCGAGAGAAUCGACUAUAAUUCUUCUUGUAAAACAAAUAAUCAUAGUGAGAGUUUUGAGUGAUUUAUUAUGGAUAUUUGUCCUAAGUGAUUAAUUAUUCAAGAUGUAUAAGCUACUGGGAGGAUUAGCCAACUACCUCAAGUACCAGGACAUUGUAACCGAUUGUGCAGUGUUUCGUAUGCACAAUUUGUUUACAACUGCAUUGUUGAUGGCAUGUAGUUUAAUUAUUACGGCUAAUCAAUAUGUAGGCAAUCCCAUACAAUGUAUCGUCGAUGGACUACCAACGCAUAUAGUGAACACUUAUUGUUGGAUUUCUUCUACAUUCACUAUGCCUGAUGCUUUCAAGAGACAAGUGGGAACAGAAGUUGCUCAUCCCGGUUUGGGAAACGACUUCAGUGAUAAAGAUGCUCAAAAAUUCUACACCUACUAUCAGUGGGUUUGUUUCGUACUAUUCUUUCAGGCUAUAGCAUGUUACACACCAAAAGUUUUGUGGGACGCCUGCGAAGGUGGCCUGAUGCGGAUGUUAGUUAUGGGACUUAACAUUGGGGUUUGUCACGAAAAUGAAAAAACUGCCAAAAAAGAAGUGAUAUUGGAUUAUUUGGCAAAGCAUGUAAAGAGGCACAACCUAUAUGCUUUAAGAUAUUGGUUUUGCGAAUGCCUAUGCCUCAUCAACAUUAUUCUACAAAUGUGGGCAAUGAACAAAUUUUUCGAUGGAGAAUUUUUAACCUACGGCCUCAGAGUCAUGAAUUAUUCAGAACAAGCACAAGAAGACAGAGUCGAUCCUAUGGUUUAUGUUUUCCCUAGGGUGACAAAAUGCAUUUUCCACAAAUACGGUGCUUCUGGUAGUAUUCAAAAACACGACUCCAUCUGCAUCCUUCCCUUGAACAUAGUAAAUGAAAAAACCUAUAUUUUCAUAUGGUUUUGGUUCAUGAUCCUUCUAACCAUGCUUACAGUUUUGGUGACCUACAGAAUCGUGAUAAUUGCCGCACCCAAAAUCAGACCGAAAAUUCUUCACGCGAAAAACAGAAGCAUUCCCAUUGAGGCUUGCGAAGCCUUGUGUCGCAAAAUCGACUUGGGUGAUUGGUGGUUGCUGCUGAUGCUCGGUACAAACAUGGAUCCGCUUAUUUAUAGGGAAAUAAUUGCUGAAUUGACAAAGAGAAUUGAAUCAAACAGGAGCAAUCAAUAUUGAGAGAUCAACAUUAUGAUCUUAAGUGCUUGUUCUUGUUCGGAGAUGGAAUUACAUUCCAAAAAUUUAUUUGUGGGUAUUUUAGGAAUAGAUAUUUGAUGUUACAUAGGUUUAAGUUGACAACAGUGUUUGAGUUUUUAAGAGAAAAUGAUUUUAUUGCCAGGUUUAUGUAGUUUUUUUUGUUCCUAAGUACACUAGGCUUUGUUUAUUAGAUUUAGUUAUAAGGAGUUCAAAGAACAAUAUUUCGAAAUUUCUGUCUGAUUUUUAAAUGAAACUGUCCCUUAUGUGUACCUAAAAUGACUGCAAAUUUUGUGAUUAUAUCGCCUGAAUGUUUUUGCCUUUUGAUAAAUUUUUUAUAUUGUAAUAUUUUUGAUGUAUUUAUUAAUAAAUCGACGUUAUAUCGACAAAUUUGUUUCAAUAAAACAACAAAUAAUUUAAAAAAUAAUAAUAUUUGUCUCAUAAAUAAAAUAACAGUCUUCAAAAAAAAAAAAAACGUACAGUCUUUAGUUCUUUAGCACAAGAUUUUGCGAAGUCCUCCUACGCCAAUGAAUGUCACUAGAGUUAUUUACAUUACUACUAUUCACUAUAACACUUGUUUGAAAUUCACUAUCAUCACUACUGACAUUGUUAUUAGUCGAAAUGGCUUUGAACGAGUUUGUAUACUGUUCAGGCACUUUGAACUUAAUAUUCUUAAUCAUAGCGUGUUUUUUGUUUUGAAACGAAGUCUCAUAAUGAUGCACGCUGGACAACGACGAAACAUUUUGUGGCGGACUUGGAAAAAUUAGUUCAGGCGGUUGAGCAGACAAAAUCUCUGUGGCGGAAUGUGGCAUAUCCACUGGUCCUACCAAUGAUAAGUUCGACGCAAUUUGAGGAGCUGCCAAGCAU